AUGGCUGCUCCCUUAGUAUCUUUCGAGAACUGCACAGCUGUUCAAGUUCUCUCACAAGAUGUUCCACUCGCUAGUGGGACUCUUCAGAUCCUGUCUGCAGAGCCAACCGACUCGGCAUCACCGACUACCCAUUCCACUGAUACCUCCGUUCCUAUCUUGACUUUGAAGAUAGGAAAUGCAGCAUUUCCGAUCACUAAGGCCACACCAUUCUACACUCAUACUUCGUCAUCUCGAAUUUACUUGUUCGCUCCAAUUCUCGAGGAUGUGGCUGUUGGUGCUGGUACUUAUGUUAAAAUCACAUUACCGGAGGAUAUCGCUACCCCUGGCAGCGAUGCUGAAAAGUCACGCGAUGCGUUUGAGGAGGUCUUGUUAAAUCAUGGACUGCUACAAGAAGGCACGGCAGCUUUCGCAGACGAACUUGCUUCCGGUGCACGUGAAGCUGGAUUGAAAGCCGCGAGUUCAAUAAAGGGAGUUGCAAGCAGUCAUACAUCCGGUCCACCUGCUGAACCGUCCAGCUUUUCCUCGACGACCCAUCAAGUAGCUGAUUCAGCUGUAUCGGGCACUGAGACCAUAAAGGAUUACACGGCAUCUGCAAGUCAAACUGUUUCCUCCGCCGGAGCGAGCAUUGGUGCCACAGCUGGAAACUAUCUUUCCAAGGCAACCGAAACGGUGGCCAAGGCUGGUGUAGCAGUAGGCGAGCGGCUGGUCCACUUGUUUGGUAUGGAAGACCAAGUCCAACGGGUUGCUUCUGAAGACGGCGGUCCUAAAUUCGACAACGCCGGAGUUUCAGGCGCUUUCGACACUCCAAAGAGCGAGCAGGAAGAGGAGGCGAAGUAUGGUGAUGGCACCGGCAACCUUGUAAGGUCUCUUGGGACGAUCGGAUCUGGUGUCAAGGAGGGAACAUCGGAAGUGACUUCGGCUACCCGGGAAGCUGCGACUUCGGUCUUGGAGCACGAUGCUGGUCCUGAAGCUGUUGAACUUGCAAACAAGGGCGGACAAGCUGCCGGAAAUCUGACGCAGGCCACUGGUGAUGCGCUAUUGGCUACAUCGGUCGUUGCAACAGCUGGAUAUGCUGCUGCGGGAGCUACCGAAAGUGCCGUCAAAGCCGAGACCAAGGAGGACUCUCCAUCUGAAGCUCCAGAGGUUAUCCCGGCGGAACCAGUCAAGCAUUAG